AGAGAGGUUCAGAAUCGACUUUCUUGCAACUUUUAUUUCCUCGACCACGACAGUUUCCUCUUCUUUCAGAAUCUUCAAACUGACGGACUGAGACGAAACCCUCGAGCAAACAGCUAGCUAUACUUUCACAAAAAUGGAUCUUUUUCUACUUAAUCAAAAACACACUCUAACAAUCCUCAAAACCCACAAAAGAUAUAACUUCAUCAGUUAUCUUCUAAACCCUGCCUCUAAAUCUAGCUUUAGAUGUCUCCAAACAAUAGAAACCUCUCAAAACCCAUAUAAAGAACCAUUUUCUUCAGCAACAACCCUGCCUGAUUCUUUAUUGGUGGAGAAGAUCAUCUUCAAUUUAAAACAUGGUAAUGUAAAUUCUCUGCUUUCCUAUCAACUUCGCUUGAACCCAUCAGUCAUUGUUGAUGUUUUAUGUCGUUGUAAUGGUAAUUUGCAACUUGGUCAAAGGUUUAUUGAUUCGUCAGUGUUAAAUGGUUCAAACUUUAAGCAUUCAUCCGUUUCAUUGAGUGCAAUGGUUCAUGUUUUUGUUCGUAGUAGAAGAUUAUCUGAUGCACAAGCUUUGAUUCUUAGAAUGAUUAGGAGAAGUGGGGUUUCGAGGGUUGAGGUUGUUGAGGCUUUGGUAUCAUCGAUGUGUGGCAAUUGUGGGACUAAUAAUUUGGUUUUUGAUUUGUUGAUAAGAACUUAUGUGCAAGCUAGGAAGUUAAGGGAAGGGACUGAGGCGUUUAGAAUUUUGAGGAGUAAAGGGUAUUUGGUGUCUAUAAAUGCUUGCAAUAGUCUUCUUGGAGGGUUAGUGAAGAUAGACUGGGUUGAAUUGGCAUGGGAAGUGCAUAGGGAAGUUGUUAGAAGUGGGAUUGAAUUGAAUGUUUAUACAUUAAACAUUAUGGUCAAUGCUUUGUGUAAAGAUGGUAAAUUUGAUGAUGUCAAGUCAUUUUUAAGUGAGAUGGAGGGAAACGGGAUUUAUGCAGAUAUGGUGACUUAUAAUACUUUAAUUGGUGCAUAUUGUCGUGAAGGACUUUUAGAAGAAGCUUUUGAGAUAAUGAACUCUAUGGCAGAUAAAGGUUUGAAACCGAGUCUUUUUACAUAUAAUGCUAUUAUAAAUGGUCUGUGUAAAAAGGGAAGAUAUGCAAGAGCAAAGGGAAUUUUGAUUGAGAUGCUGAACAUUGGGUUGAGUCCUGAUACUACUACGUAUAACACAUUGCUUGUUGAGAGCUGCAGAAGAGACAAUUUUUCUGAAGCCAAAGAAAUUUUUGGUGAAAUGUUACGUCAGGGUGUUGUUCCUGAUUUAGUAAGCUUUAGUUCCCUUAUUGCAGUUUUUUCAAGGAACAGACACCUUGAUCAGGCAUUGGUGUACUUUAGAGAUAUGAAGAAAUUUGGUUUGGUUCCAGAUAAUGUGAUUUACACUGUUCUUAUGCAUGGUUAUUGUAGAAAUGGCAAUAUGUUGGAGGCUUUGAAGAUACGGGAUGAAAUGCUGGAGCAGGGUUGUGUCUUGGAUGUGAUUGCAUACAAUACUAUAUUAAAUGGGUUGUGCAAAGAAAAGAUGCUCACAGAUGCAGAUAAGCUGUUCGAUGAGAUGGUGGAAAGGGGUGCACUCCCUGAUUUUUACACUUUCACCACACUUAUUCAUGGCCAUUGUCAGGACGGGAAUAUGACUAAAGCACUAAGCUUGUUUGGGACGAUGACUCAAAGGAAUAUCAAACCAGAUAUCGUGGCAUACAAUACAUUGAUUGAUGGGUUUUGCAAGGUGGGUGAAAUGGAGAAAGCCAGUGAGUUAUGGGAUGGUAUGAUCUCUAGGAAGAUUUUCCCCAACCACAUUACAUACGGCAUAUUAAUAAACGCGUAUUGUAGUGUGGGCCAUGUAUCCGAGGCCUUUAGAUUGUGGGAUGUGAUGAUUGAAAAGGGUAUUAAACCCACCCUUGUCACUUGUAACACUGUUAUAAAAGGCUACUGUCGGUCAGGUGAUUCUUCGAAGGCUGAUGAGUUCUUGGGCAGGAUGAUUGCUAAAGGAGUUGCUCCUGAUCAUAUUUCGUAUAACACCCUUAUUAAUGGUUUUGUGAGAGAAGAUAAUAUGGACAAAGCUUUUCUUUGGAUUAAUAAGAUGGAAAAAGAAGGUCUGUUGCCUGAUAUUAUCACGUAUAAUGUAGUUAUGAAUGGCUUCUGUAGGCAGGGUAGGAUGCAAGAGGCUGAGCUGGUCUUACGGAAAAUGAUUGAGAAAGGGAUAAAUCCUGAUAGGUCCACAUACACAGCUUUGAUAAAUGGACACGUCACUCAGGACAACUUGAAUGAGGCAUUUCGAUUCCAUGAUGAAAUGCUUCAAAGAGGAUUUGCCCCAGAUGAUGUUUUUUAAUUUGAUCACCAUACUGCUGCCUCUCAUUGUUGAUAAAGGCCAUGAACCCUGGACAACUUGAGAGUUCAGUUUCAUGGUAAAAUGCUGCUAAGCAGAUCCAUUCCAGCAGAUAAAUCCUUGUUAUUCAGUUCUUGCAGCCUUUGUACUUGCUGGACUCAGUUGUCUCUUUGCCAGUCCAUCUAUUCAUUUGCAUGUUCUUAGUAGAUGUGCUCAGAGAGUUUUAAAAGCAGAGGUUGAUUUCAUUUUUGUGAGGUGCUCCUUUUUUGUUCAAUCAUAGAUGCUCUUGACGAAGGUUUAAAGAGCGCAUAGCCUUGUCUAUCAAAUGUGAGCAAUGGUAUUAUCUUAACUCUGGGUAUCAAGUGUGAGCAUAGCUGAUAAAUUCCAUUAAAAAAACUAAAAUGGGCGGUGAAUCUAGACACGUUUAACUGUGGAUGAGAACAAUUAACUUACCACUUUACCCUUAAAAAAAACCUUUUGGCUAGAGAUUGAGGGCAUGGUUGUCUUUUCAAUGGGGACAUUUUGGCAUUAUUUUUAAAUUGACUGAGGGCACAACAGGUAUUUAUUUUAAAAUUGCAUAGUUAAUUAUCUUAAAUAUCCUUAAGAUUAAUGCUUUGAUGUUGUUAAGGGGUAGAUUUGUAUUUUCACUUCUAGAGUGUACAGUAAAAUAGCCAAUUUAACCUUAUAUACAAAAAUACUUUGGCCGGUUAGGAGUGGUGUUUUCGUCUUAUCUUUUUUAUUUGCACAAUAAAAAUACCUCCCUACCCUUGGGUUUUAAUUUUUUUAUGCCUUGGAUCCGAGGGUAUUUUGGUUAUUGUACUAUUAAUUUUUAUGUUGUUAUUGAGUAAAGUGAAGGUUAGUUUUGUUUUUUAAUAAAUUAAAGGGAUUUAAAAAAUCAUUGUCGUGUGUUGGGCACGUGUCAGCGCGUCACCCGCUCUGCCGUAUUUAUACAUCAUGUGCAGCUGAUUUUGGCAAGCAAAAACGCCAUUUCGUGGCGUCAUUAGAUUCAUCUCAAUUUCUCCUUUAUGAUGCAUGUAGAAAACGGAGCUUCGAUUUGGUUUUAAUGACCAUUUCUUUUUUCCUUCUCUCUCCCUUGAUUCCUGCGCUCUACCGUACAAUUUUUCAAAUCAGCCCUGUAGCUUUUCUUUGUUUUUGAUUUUGUUCAUGAUUUUUUGGUUGAUAUUUAUUUUAUUUCAAAUAACUUAUGAAAAUGAUUCAAUUUCAAUUUCAUUCACAUUUGAUUUUUUUUACUUCUCUUUGUUUUUUAUUUAGUCCCUUAUCUUUUGGUUGAUAUUUUUUUAUUUGAAAUAACUCAUGAAAAUUGAAAUUUUUUCAAUUUCAUCAUCAUUUGAUUUUUUAAAUUUGUCUUAUUUAGUUAUUUUUAAUUGCUAUUUAUGUCAUCUAAGAUAAUUUUUAUAGUGUAAUUUUUUCAGUGAUUUCAUCGUCGAUUAUUUUUUUCUUAUCAAUUUUUGUUAUUAUUCUCUUGAUUUUUUUUUUGCUUUGCUAAUUUUUUUUGCUUUGUGAUUUUUUAUAUUCAAUUUUAUUUUUCAACAUUGAGUUGAUUUGGAUUUAAGCUUUUUGGUUAAUCUCAUUUUGGGAUUUCCUGGAAUCUAGUUUGGAGAAUUAACCCUCCGUGAUGUUUGCUAGGAGUUGUUUUAUUUUUUUUUAUCAUUCUUUUAACCUAAUGUUUUUCUCUCUCUAGAUUUUAUCAUUUGAUAUUUAGUUUAUUAGAGAUUAAACUCUAUGUUUUUAUUUUAUAUGCUUUCUACAUUUUUUGUUUUUUUUUUCUUUGGUUAGGUUAUCUGGGUUCUUUUUUUGUUUUGUGCUUUGUUAUAUAUAUUUUCUCAAAAUAAUUUUUUUUCUUGAAUGAUUGAAUAUAGACGGAUAACUCACUUCAUUGUGUUUUGUUAAGUUUGCUUUUACAGGACAUUGCUUUAGCGAAUCAUGCAAUUUUUUUCGAUGUCGUCAUGCAUCCUUUUACAGUAGAGUUUGAACCAAAGCAAGCUCUUUGGGUUGCGGCCGAUGUUCACGGUCGAGUGGUGGUAGGUCUUCUACAAACUUUUUCUUUCUGCUCCUUACAAGUAUAAUAUUGAUGAUUUAUUUUUUAUGUUUAUUAUUGCCAAGUCUUUUUUUAUGAUUUGUUUUCUAUUGUUGCUUUCAAUUUAAAUUAGAUUAUUAAAUUAAUUGAUAUUAGAUAUAUUCAAGUUAAUGACCUGAAUGUCGAAUUUUUCUUUCUUCUUUCAAAACACUAUUGACCCACUGCGUAGAACACAUUCCAGUCUAGUGAUUUGCUGUGGGACCAUGAAAAAAGCACAGAGUACUGUGGCAAAUACUCAAAAACCCUGUUUGUGGUCUAGGAUCUAGGUAAUGCUGAGAAUAGGGGUGCUAAAGUGUAAGUGUCUGCUUUUACUUACACUCCAGGAGAUAUGAAGGGUUAGCAAAGGUGGUUAAACCAUUUGUCUACAUUUGCUUAUGUUCUCUUUCAUGACGAGUUCCUCGAAAGAGAUGGGAUUCCUGAUUCAAUUACUCAGGGAUCUGUAUCUGCCUAUCUGGCCUAAUCCUCCCCUUUAUAUGCUGUAACCAAUCAAAAUCUGCUCAAAUCCUCCCUUUUCUUUUUCUAAAUGUGAAUUAAUCUCACUCCAUAUUUACUCUUGUUCAUAGACUUUAUUGGGUUUGCAUCUUGAAAAGGUGUCUCGUGUUCAUGCAAUGACUUGAGUCUCAUGAAACCGUUGUUUUCCACUUAUUCUUUAUCCCCUCGUGGAAAUCCAUUUGAAACAUUACGCUAUGAACCAAGAGGUUUUUUGUUUUUUUGAGGUUGGCACUAAAAGCUUGUGGAAGAUUUUCUGAUUCUCUGUUAGCCAGAAGUUUUCUGUUUUUCUGGGCUCCGCCAUAUAUGAAUGUCGAGUUGAUAUGCAGUCUCCUUGGGCAGCCGAGAAAGCUCAGAAGCCCAAGCUAAAAGGGUCAGAAUCCAAGGCCUCGCAACAGGGUUGAUGCCAGAGGAGAAGAGGCAAGUGCGGGUGACCCAUUAGGCAGGCCUAGUGGCGUUUGUAAAUUACUUAUUACAUUUUCCACACGUUUGGAAUAAUGGAAUACCAAUGAGCUCAAUCCCGUGUGCUCAGCCAUUUGGAGUUCGGUGACUAAAAGAGUAAAAGCUCAUUUCCUUUUUUCUCCAAUAUAGUUUCUGAUAAAGCUGAAGCAUGAGGAUACUUUUAUUUUUUUUUGGAUUUAUUCUCACUUCAAGAAUUAUUAAUCUCAAUCCAUAUUUAUUUUUAUUCA